AUGAUAUAUUAUCCGCUAAAGUUCUGUCAUAUUUCGCAUAUCAGUGAUGUCACACUGGUCACACAUCCCUCUACCCUUGCUCAUAUCAAAUCUGCUUUACAACAAGACCCUGAUUUGAAAUCACUCCCUUUGCCGAAGGUUAUCGCCCCUCAAGAUCUUCAAGCAACAAUGGCAACGGCACAGUUGCUUCGCCUUCCCGAGGUGCAAUCUUGCAUUAAAUCCGAUUUCCUCCUCUUGCCUUGCGACCUCGUCUGUGAAAUCGAGGGCACAUAUCUGCUCCAAAUGUGGAUGGCAUCACAAGGCCAGAUGGUAAUGACUGAGAAAGAAAAAACCCGUCGGGGUGGUCUUUGUGUAUAUUACCAUGCGGAAAAUGCCGUAAAUGAUGAGGCCUUGGAUCUGAUAGCUGUUGAACCACUUCGGCAGACCAGGCUAUCAAAACUGCUCAUGUCCAUCGGAAUGGAUACCGUGAAAAGAAACCUGGAACGUGAUAAGGGUUUUCUUCUUCGUCAAUCCUUUGCAAAGCAGCGAAUCGCCCAAGCCAAGAUGUUGACCGGCUUCCGUGAUGCACACCUCUACAUUUUCCCCCAUUGGGUCAAGGAUCUCGUACGACAUCAGGAAAGACUAGUAUCUGUUAGCGAGGAUCUCAUUGGGCUCUGGGCCAAGUCUGGGUGGCAGCAAGGACUGCAUGAAAAGCUAGGCAUGGAUACUUGUUUGAAUCAGCAGAAAGAAAACGAAAAUUACGACUAUCGGGAAUUGAGCACAGUCACCCACCAAAUACCACAGAACGAUGUGUCGAGAGUACCAUCUCUCCUAGCAUAUCUGCAUACGGGAUCAACACCACUUAUCCGUCGUGUUGAUAAUCCCGCUCUUCUUUUAUCAACUUCCCUUCGUCUAGCCAAGCAAGAAUCCAUUGAAGAGGUCGACCGUACAGCUCGAUCCCCAUUCGCCCAUGACCGGAAGAUCGCCUCUCCGGAAUGUGUGUCUUCAAGCUGUUUUAUUUCAAAGGCUGAUUGUCUCCUUGGAUCCAACGUUAUUGUUGAGAGACAUUCUGUUAUAAAGGAAUCUUGUAUCGGCCCAAACUCCAGGAUCAGCAACGGUGCUCGAAUUACGCGAUGCGUUAUCCUUGAUAAUGUCAUUAUUGGAGAACGCUGUGUGUUAACUGGAUGUGUGAUUGGGAGCCGUAGUUUCAUCGGCAAUGGUUCGGUACUCAGUGAUUGUGAAGUUCAGGAGGGUAAUGUUGUUCCUGGGCAAACAGAAGCUAAGAACGAGAAGUUUAUGCCACUUUUUGAAGAUCUCGAAGAGGAUACGGAUAGUCCUGUGUUUGCGGGCGAUUGUUAG